CCCGCGGGCGCCGGGCGCGGAGGCAGGAACCCGGCCCCGCGCUCGCCCCGCAGCCGGCGGUGGAAGAAGCAGGCGGAGGGGUAUGGAGGUCACCCGGCCGGAGGCGCCAGCGCCUGACCCAGUUUAGGGCGCCCCGCGGGCAUAAUCCCCACUCGGACCGAACUCGCGGCCGGGCCCAGGUGCGUCGCGGAGCAGGCCCUGCACUUCUGCCUCAGAGGAGGGGCCGGCCUAGGAAAAAAAUGAAAAUAUUUUCUGAGUCUCAUAAAACUGUUUUUGUUGUGGAUCACUGCCCGUAUAUGGCAGAAUCCUGCAGACAACAUGUUGAAUUUGAUAUGUUAGUAAAGAAUCGGACCCAAGGAAUUAUACCUCUUGCACCCAUUUCAAAAUCACUAUGGACCUGUUCAGUGGAAUCAUCCAUGGAGUACUGUAGAAUAAUGUAUGAUAUUUUCCCUUUCAAGAAACUGGUGAAUUUCAUUGUGAGUGAUUCUGGGGCUCAUAUCUUGAAUUCUUGGACUCAAGAAGAUCAGAACUUGCAGGAGUUGAUGGCAGCAUUAGCAGCUGUUGGGCCGCCUAAUCCUCGGGCAGAUCCAGAGUGCUGCAGCAUACUUCAUGGUCUGGUUGCAGCAGUUGAAGCACUCUGCAAAAUAACUGAAUACCAGCAUGAGGCUCGAACCAUGCUCAUGGAGAAUGCAGAACGUGUUGGAAACAGAGGAAGAAUAAUCUGUAUUACUAAUGCAAAAAGUGACAGUCAUGUUCGAAUGCUUGAGGACUGUGUUCAGGAAACCAUUCAUGAGCAUAACAAGCUUGCAGCUAAUUCGGAUCAUCUAAUGCAGAUUCAGAAAUGUGAAUUGGUCUUAAUCCACACUUACCCAGUUGGUGAAGACAGCCUUGUUUCAGAUCGUCCUAAAAAAGAGCUUUCACCUGUUCUAACCAGUGAAGUGCACAGUGUCCGUGCAGGGCGGCAUCUGGCUACAAAACUGAAUGUUUUAGUACAACAGCACUUUGAUCUGGCUUCAACCACAAUAACGAACAUUCCCAUGAAGCCCACAUUCAAUGUCUGUGAACAGGAAGAACAACAUGCUAACACAUCAGCCAACUAUGAUGUGGAGCUGCUUCAUCACAAAGAGGCACAUGUUGACUUUUUAAAGAGUGGUGAUAAUCAUAUAGGUGGCAAUAGCAGAGAAGCCACAUAUAAAGAAACUGUAACAUUAAAAUGGUGUACUCCUCGAACAAAUAGUGUAGAAUUACACUAUUGCACUGGAGCGUACAGAAUUUCACCAGUAGAUGUAAAUAGCAGACCUUCUUCAUGCCUUACUAACUUUCUCCUUAAUGGUCGUUCUGUUUUGUUGGAACAGCCACGCAAGUCUGGCUCUAAAGUAAUUAGUCACAUGCUCAGCAGCCAUGGAGGAGAAAUUUUUCUGCAUGUAUUAAGCAGCUCGCGAUCAAUUCUAGAAGAUCCCCCAUCAAUUAGCGAAGGGUGCGGUGGAAGAGUCACUGACUAUCGGAUUACAGAUUUUGGUGAAUUUAUGAGGGAAAACCGAUUAACUCCUUUUCUAGAGCCCAGAUAUAAGAUCGAUGGCAGUCUUGAAAUUCCAUUGGAACGUGCAAAAGAUCAGUUAGAGAAACAUACUCGUUAUUGGCCUAUGAUUAUUUCUCAGACUACCAUCUUCAACAUGCAAGCUGUAGUGCCAUUAGCCAGUGUGAUUGUAAAAGAAGCAAUGACUGAUGAGGAUGUCCUGAAUUGUCAAAAAACAAUAUACAAUUUGGUAGACAUGGAGAGGAAAAAUGAUCCACUGCCAAUUUCAACAGUUGGUACCAGAGGAAAGGGUCCAAAAAGAGAUGAACAGUACCGGAUUAUGUGGAAUGAAUUGGAGACCCUUGUACGAGCACACAUAAACAACUCUGAUAAACACCAGCGAGUCUUGGAAUGUUUGAUGGCUUGCAGAAGCAAACCCCCAGAAGAGGAGGAGCGCAAGAAAAGAGGUAGAAAGAGAGAAGACAAAGAAGACAAGUCAGAGAAGUUGGGCAAAGACUAUGAAUUGGAUAAGCCAUGGCAAGAAUCAGAAAGGUUAAAAGGUCUUUUGGAUCAUGAAAAAGAAGAACUAGCAGAAGCUGAAGUUAUCAAAGAUUCCCCUGAUUCUCCUGAGCCACCCAACAAAAAGCCUCUCAUUACAAUGGAUGAAAUGCCCACAGCUGAAAAGGCAAAAGUUUUAGGGCCAAUGUCCUUGUUGUCUUUAUGGAGCAACAGGAUUAAUACUGCCAACUCUAGGAAACACCAGGAAUUUACUGGUCGUUUGAACUCUGUCAACAAUAAAGCUGAGCUAUACCAACAUCUGAAAGAAGAAAAUGGAAUGGAAACAACAGAAAAUGGAAAAGCAGGCCGGCAGUGAUGAUUAAUUUGUUUCUUUGGACAAAACUUAGCCAAAUUGCAAAAAUAUUUAAUGCUGGAAUUGAUAUUGGUACCAUUCUAGUAUGAUUGUAUAGCUCUGUUUUGGUUUUUACGUUUUUCUAUUACUUUUGCUAUGAAAUCUGUGUAUCACAUUAAAUGAAUAGUGUGCAAAUAGGAGCUGUUCUGUAGAACUUUAUAGUCAUGUUUUUAGGACGAAGAAAACGUGUGCUGCCAUGGACUAAAUCAAGUAAUCAAAGUCCUUUCCCAUAAGUAUUGUUUAAUAUUUCAGAAUAGUUUAUGACUGUUAAAAAAAAAAAAUUCAAGCAAUUGAUAAUUAACUGAUAAUACUGUUAGUUUUGGUUCAUGAAUACUUUCAUUUACAUGAAACUUCCUCAGGAGUCCGGAAUUAUGGAAAAAUCAUGCACUGAUACCUAGUAACUGAGCUGAGAAAAAUGCCAGUCUUGAUUUUCAACUAAGGGAUGGGAGAAUGGUUACACAUAUAAAAAAAUGUUGGUUUAAGGACUUGUAAAAAUGGACUAUAAGUUACCUUUAGAAAACAAAUCCUUUCAGGUUGUGCUGGAGUAAAAGUAAAAUAAAAUUUUUGCUAAUGAUUAAUAUGUUUUUCUGAUUAUGCCAUCUAAGAUACCUGUGGAUUUAGGCCUUUUUGAAAGUCAUGGGGAGACUUUCUCUGAAUGCUGAUGGCUGUGAAAUGACAAAGUAGAUCAUCUGUCUUCAGUUUCUUAGAGCAGAGCCUCUUUUUCUCUUAAUGGAGAGUAGAAUUCUCAAAUAGGAAAACUUCUUCACCCAGUGUCUGUGAUCUAAUCCUUUGUAAGAUUUGGAGUUGGCUUCCAAAUGGGUCAGCUUGAGUGUACUAAGGAAAGACCAAUAGCUGAGAUCUCCAAGUAUAUGAGUCUUCCUCUGAUCUCCAUCCAUUGCCUUAUUUUAGCUUGUAUAAGCAACUGAAGGUCUCACAAAUUUGAUAUGUUUAUAGUUUAAGUUGAUUUAAGACACAUCUGUCAGCUUUUCUAAAACUAAAAUAAUAUAUUCAUAUUUCUUCACCUUAAACUUUAAAUACCAUGGUUCAUGAUGACUAGAUCUGAACACAAAGACCAUGCACGUAUUCUUUGCUUACGUUAAUAGCUGAGAUCUUCAGCUGUAUUAAAGUACCAUGUAUAAUCUCAAGGUGAUUAUUUUGCCAUUGGGAUGCAGAUGUGUUUUGUAUCAAACGAUUUUAGAAUGAGUUUUGGUUCUAAAGUGAUU